AUGGAGAUGGCAAUAGCAAGCUCGGGAGUGGAAGAUGAGCGUCCACGGUUUAUCGACUACCCAAAGUCACAGCAAGGACCUGAUACAAUAAUACGAAAGAGGAAGUUAGAUAAUCCCGUUCUCAGAGGGCCAUUAUUGGUUUUCAUAGCAUUCUUAAUCGACUUGAUUCGCUUCAUCCGAGAGACCGUUUGGCAAAAUGCAGGGUUUGCCUCUUUAAGACCCAUCCGAGAGUCUCUGGAAGUAUAUGAAGCACGAUAUGAUCCUGCUGUCAUUCCAUUGCCAGACACUUCAACCCAGGUAGACCUCGAAAGCCAAAGAACGGGUAUUCCUUCACAAGAAACACCACGCCCACUGGAGAACUCACCAUACUACUCCGUGGUGGAUUAUCAAAACCUCUACCUAUCAGGACAAGCUACACCUACAGAUGUCGCACACGCCUUAUUACCACUUAUCCGCCGCGACCUUGACACUCGGGAGUACCACUCGGCUGCCUGGAUUAGCACAAGAGUCGACCUCGUUCUGAAAGCAGCUGAAGAAUCCACCAUUCGAUAUCGUGAGAAGAUACCUCUCGGUCCCUUAGAUGGUGUACCCGCGGCUAUCAAGGACGACUUCGAUCUCGACGGCUACGAGAUGACGAUGGGCUCAAAGAACAACUAUGCUGGCAAGGGUGUGAGUACUGGAUCGAUCACAAAUUGGUGUGUGAGGAAAUUACAAAACGCUGGCGUUAUUGUACUGGGGAAGCUUAAUAUGCAUGAAUUUGGAAUGGACACCACAGGCAAUAAUCCCAACCAUGGCACUCCACUAAAUCCCUUCAACCAAGGUUACUACGUGGGAGGUAGUUCCUCCGGAGCCGGCUAUGCUGUCGGCGCAGGCUUAAUCCCAAUAGCCUUAGGUGGCGACGCAGGUGGAAGUAUCCGAAUCCCAGCUUCAUACUGCUCUGUAUUCGGUCUCAAACCCACCCACGGCCGUCUGUCCUCGUUUCCAACGCCAAACCCGGCUCCUACUUGCUGUGUCCAGGGGCCAAUUGCAGCAGACAUGUACUCCCUAGCAACAGUUUACAGCGUGAUAGCAGAUCCUCACCCAACAUCGAGAUUCCCUCGACUUUACAAAGAGCCUUCGAGACCACUUACCAAAUUACUCGGUAUUUACGAGCCCUGGUUCGACCUCGCAACACCUGGUGUUCAGAGUGUCACAAAAAGGAUGAUUGGAAGACUCUGCACAGAGUACGGCUACACAGUUGUCCCCAUCAGCAUCCCUUUCACGGAGGAAGGACAAAUCGCUCAUGCCAUGACCGUUUUGGCUGAUGCUGCGUCUCUUCUACUAAGAUCAGCCAACACAACCGCGGCAAACAAGUUACUCCUUGCUAUGGGACGCACAACACCAGCCGGAGACUACGUUCUAGCGCAGAAGCUGCGUAAUCUAUUAAUGCAACAUCUCUCACACCUAUGGAAGACAUACCCCGGCAUGAUGAUCAUCACACCUACCACUGCCAACGGCGGUGCCCCGAUACGAGGCGGCGCCAGCGAACUCAAGCACGGCAUGAGCGAUGGAAACCUGACGAUAGAGAGCAUGACAUAUGUAUGGCUGGCCAACUUCUGCGGCAUGCCCUCUCUGUCCGUCCCAGCCGGGUUCGUGGUUCCAGAGGGACAGGAACAAGCCGGCGAGGAAGCGGAUGAAAAGACACCUGGGAAAGUCCCGAUUGGUUUGAUGGCGACGGGAGAAUGGUGUAGCGAAAAGGCCUUAUUGGAAUUUGGUGUUGAGGCAGAGGCUGUUGGGAAGGGAGCACGGUGCCGGCCACCAAUCUGGGAGGAUGUGUUGUUGCGAGCGAAGGAGGUUGCUGUGACUAAGGAGAAGAAUUACAGCGUGGAGACUUUAUAG